AUGCCUGGUCUCGUCACAAAUUUCCUCCGCAACCCUUCGGGAAACAUUGCGCAGAUCAAAAAGGCAGCACACAGCCGAUCGCGACACUCGACCCCGGACGCCUCCGACACGGAUGAUAGCGAGAGCGGACACUCACACCACUCUCACGGUCACUCUCACGGUCAUGGUCACGGUCACGGUCACGGGUACGCUCAUCACGCCUCCAAGAUGAUGCCCGACUUCGCCGACGCCAUCAAGUCCCACCGCCACCUGGCCUCCCUCCCCUUCGUCCGCAAGGACCCCAGCAGCACGGCCGUCAAGCUGGACUGCAGCAUCGAGAGCCCGCCCAUCACCUUCCACGGCAGCCCGGACGAGAGCACGGGCGCCCUGGUGUCGGGCCAGAUGGUGGUCAACGUCAGGCACGACGUCGUCGAGCUCGACGGCUUCGCCGCCACCCUGACCAUGCACACGACGCACAAGAGGCCCUUCCAGAACCACUGCCACGACUGCCGCACCCAGACCACCGAGCUCAAGUCCUGGACCUUCCUGGGCGGCCACCACGCCACCGCCCUCCGCGCGGGGAAGCACCUCUUCCCCUUCUCCACCCUGCUGGACGGCCACCUGCCCGCCUCCGUCAACUCUUCCCUGCUCGAGAUCUCGUACGAGCUCAGGGCCGUGGCCUACGUCGCCGCCUCGUCUCCGUCCGCCUUCUCGUCCCAGUCGCACUCCCACUCCCACUCCCACUCCCACCACCACCAUUCCGGUUCGGCGUCGGCGUCGGCGUCGGCAUCGGCAUCGGCAUCGGCACCGUCCAACCCGACAUGGCCCUCCGGCACCGUCAAGUUCGAGCGCACCCUCUCGGUCCGCCGAUCCGUCGCCCAGCCCGACGCCCCCAAGCAGUCGAUCCGCCUCUUCCCCCCGACCAACAUCAAGAGCACGGUCACGUACCCGACCGUCAUCCACCCCACCGGAGCCAACCGCGUCACCCUCAAGCUCGACGGGCUCAUGUCCCACAACGAGCAGACACGCCUCCUCGACAUCUGGCGCCUCAAGAAGAUCACCUGGAAGCUGGAGGAGACCACCAGCAUCAUCGCCCCCGCCUGCGACAAGCACAGCCCCUCGGCCGAGGAGAUCCCCCUCCCUGCCUCUACGCAGCCCGUCGUCGACACCACCGCCACCGCAUCAUCAGCCGCAACCUCCGAGCAGCAGCAGCAGCAGACGCAGACGCAGGUCAUCUCCGUCCAGCAGCAGGAGCAGGGGCAGGAGCAGGGGCAGGGGCAGGGGCAAGAGCAGGAGCAGGAGCAGGAGACCGUCCCUACGAGAAAGGGCGUCGUACGCACCGAGGUCCGCCUCCUGGGCGAGAAGAGCAUACACGGAGGGUGGAAGUCGGACUACACCGGCGUCGACGGCUGCGCCGACGUCGAGUUCGACUACGCCAUCAACCAGCGCCACCGCAACGGCGACCUCAAGUUCGCCUGCGACUCCAAGUCGCGUGACGGCACGCAAAUCACCCACUCGCUGCUCGUCGAGCUCGUCGUCUCCAAGGAGUUCGCCCCCGAAGGAAGGCCUCAGCAGUCCGGCCAGACCGGUACCGGCCGCAUCCUCCGCAUGCACUUCCCCGUCAUCCUGACCGAGCACUCCGGCCUGGGCGUCAGCUGGGACGAGGAGGCGCCCCCCGUCUACCAGGACGUGCCUCCCAGCCCUCCGAGCUACGAGGUCCUGGAGCAGCCGCUGGUAGAGUACGAGGAUCUCGAGACUCUACACGGUCACCGGAUCAGCGGGGAGCCUACCUCUCGGAGACCUUCUCAAUCAUGA